CAUGGUUCAGACAUGAAUAAAACCUUUGCUUUCCCCGACUUUCUGACUAGAUCGCAACUCUAACUGUCAUAAACGAAACAGCAUUAGCUAAGAUACUUCUUUCAUAAUUUUUCCCCUUUCAAAAAGGAUCACUAUAGACUUCUUGAGCCACUGUCUCUGUCGGUCUGAGAUCUGCCUGCAAGUACCUCAAGUUUCUGUCACUCCCAACUUGACCUGACAAAGCACGCGACACCUUAUCUUCGCCUCAACCCACUCUACUAACACUUCCCUUCACUCCUAUCUUCUCCCCUGCCUCAUGUCAUCUCUUAUCAAUCCUACCAUGAGGUCAUGUGCCUCUCUCCUAUCCCGGGUGUCCGUCCCGUCCACUCGGCCGGCAUCCCGGACCCUCGGCCGAGCCAUUCGGCCCCUCAUCAUCGGAGGUGCGGCGCAAACCCGGUACAGCUCUCACUCUCCCAUGGGUGCACCUCCGGCCGUUCAACGUAAGAAGGUCACUGUCGGAACUCUUCGUUCCAUGCACCGCAAGGGUGAUCCCAUCACCGUCAUGACAGCUCAUGACUUCCCCAGUGGUCAUGUCGCUGACCAUGCUGGUAUGGACAUCAUCCUUGUGGGAGACAGUCUCGCCAUGGUAGCACUUGGUAUGGAGGAUACGAGUGAGAUUAUCUUGGAAGAGAUGCUUUUACAUUGUCGGUCUGUUGCGAGAGCGACAAAGUCGGCUUUCACUGUUGGAGAUCUACCCAUGGGCACAUAUGAGAUUAGUCCUGACCAGGCUCUUGCUACUGCUAUCCGUUUCAUCAAGGAAGGCCGUGUCCAGGGUGUCAAGCUUGAAGGUGGUAAGGAGAUGGCCCCUACUAUCAAGAAGAUUACCACCGCUGGCAUUCCUGUUCUUGGCCACAUUGGCUUGACCCCUCAGCGACAAAACGCACUUGGUGGCUUCCGUGUCCAGGGCAAGACAAGUAGUGGUGCAAUGAGCAUUCUUGAAGAUGCCCUUGCUCUUCAAGAAGCUGGUUGUUUUGCCAUGGUUGUUGAGGCAGUUCCUGCUGAGGUGGCCGCGCUCAUUACUGAAAAGCUCUCCAUUCCCACCAUCGGUAUUGGCGCUGGCAACGGUACCUCGGGCCAAGUCCUGGUACAAGUAGAUAUGAUUGGAAACUUCCCUCCCGGUCGAUUUCUGCCCAAAUUUGUAAAGAAGUAUGGCGAUGUCUGGGGCGAGAGCUUGAGAGCCAUCGAGGCGUAUCGGGAUGAAGUCAAGUCGCGCCAAUAUCCUGCUCCUGAGCACACAUAUCCCAUUUCGGCGGAGGAACUUGAGAACUUUACUAAGGCGGUGAAGGAUUCCUAGAGAUGAGAUGAUGAUACCCCAGAAGUAGUUCCAUGAUGUUUUGGAGAGGCAAGCAUGUCGAAUUCGUGUGUCGCAGCGCAGUCAUAGAGGUCGCAUAGCUCGGAGUUUGGGUUGAGUAGAUGUCAUAGCCUUUCGUAUAUCCAGAUAGAAGAAUUCAGCCUUUUUAGCAUCAUCCGAAAGCAGGAGUGAGAGAGUAGGCAACCACAAGUUG